AGUGUUGGCAGACAGUAUUCAGCUGCAGACUGUGGACUCUCAGUAAACACCAGCAGUUAGUCAUUAACACACCAGAAACAGAGCAAACCAUCGUCGAUAUCCACAGCUUCAAUUCUUUACACCUCUUCUGGACUUCAUCUUUUUCACCCUGCUUUAAUUUGGCUUGACUGAGGUCAUGACCCGCCUCUUCCUCGUCUGCGUGCCCAUCAUCAUCACUCUGUGGUCAGCGUCAGUGCUCAGUCUGUCAGUUUUCUCGGAUGGUCCGAAAGCUCACAUGCUGCUCCGCUCUCGCCGGGCGAACUCCUUCCUGGAAGAGCUGAAACCUGCUUCAAUGGAGCGCGAAUGUGUGGAGGAAAAAUGCGACUUUGAAGAAGCCAGAGAGAUUUUCCAAACCAGGGAAGCUACUCUGGAGUUCUGGACGGUGUACACAGAUGGGAACCAGUGUCACUCCAACAUGUGUGUUCAUGGAGCCUGUGUGGAUCUGUACCAAGCCUACGCCUGCCGCUGUGACCCUGGAUACGAGGGCAAAUACUGCGAUCAACCUCAAACAGCCACUAACUGCUCUGUGGAAAAUGGCGGUUGUGACCACGAGUGUUCAGAGAGCGAGGACGGCCUGAUGAGGAGCUGCAGCUGCGUGAGCGGAUACAAACUGCACGACAACGGCAGGAAAUGUGAACCGAAAGGUAUUUCGUCCUGCGGUCAGCUGCUGAUCGGGAGGUCAUCGUACACCAAACCAAUGGAUGGUCUGCUGCCCUGGAUGGUGGGAGGGGAGGUGGGAAAGAAGGGAGAGAGUCCCUGGCAGGUGCUGUUACUGAAUGCCAAAGGCCGUUUUCACUGUGGAGGCGUCCUCAUCGAUGAGAGUUGGGUCCUGACGGCUGCUCACUGCCUCGACAACAACCUAAAAUUCAGGGUGAGACUGGGUGACUAUGAGCGUCUCAGAGAUGAGGGCACCGAGGUGACCCUGAGGGUCCUGAAAACAUUCAAACACCCAAACUACAACAGCAGGACGGUGGACAACGACAUCGCCCUGCUGCGUCUGGAGACACCCGCCCCCUUCUCCGAUUACAUCGUCCCCGUUUGUCUGCCAGGACGCAACAUGGCUGAGCGGGUGCUCCACCUGAACGGCACCCUCACCGUGGUGAGCGGUUGGGGCAAAGAUGACCUGGACAGCAUGCGGUUCAGCUCGGCGCUCAAUGUCAUUAAAGUCCCUCUGGUGGACCACGACAUCUGCGUCCACCAAAUGUCCCACAACAUUACCAACAACGUCCUCUGCGCCGGGAUCCUCGGACAGAGGAUGGACGCCUGUGAGGGCGACAGCGGUGGACCCAUGGUCACCCUGUACCGAGACACCUGGUUCCUGAUCGGCCUGGUGUCCUGGGGCGAGGGCUGCGGCAGGGAGGACAAGCUGGGCAUCUACACAAAGGUCGCCAACUACAAUGAAUGGAUCAACGAAGUGCGUGAAGAAUGGGACAAAGGUCAUCAUCCACAAGAACCACCAAGUGUCUGAACCACCUGAACCCACAACAGUUGAUCCAGUCUGGACUGUUGAACCCACAUAAAGGCCCCAGCAGAGAUGAUCACGCUCACUAUAAAUAAUCUGAUUCUGUUUCAAGAUGCUUCAAUUUCCUUUCUCACUAUGAGUGAGUGCCUUUGCUUUUAGAAAUAAUGACAGUGUCAGUUAAAAGCUUUAGCAUUUAAUUAACUGGAUUAGCAUGAAAUUUGAUUCAGACAUUCAUGUUUGCCAGAGAACGAGUAUUACUGACUAAUACGAUCCUCUGACGAGGAUCCAGCUGGUCUCCUUUGCCUCCAGCAAGUUCAGCACAGCAUUCAGAUUCUAUGUUAGCAGCGCAGGGCCCUCGACUGGCUGAUUUUGAAACCCCCCACCUCUGAGACGCAGGGCCAUCAGAUACACGUCUUGACAUUACGCCACAAGUUCAGCUCCAAUCCAAAAGAAGUCGUGUUCCUGUGUAAAAGGUAAAGAAAAGAGGAAGGCAGUUGGUUUAAGUUUUACAAAGAUUUCCUGAGACCAUGUGGUCCUUUAUCCUUCCCUUGUGAGCCUGUCCAGGAUGUCCCUUUUGUUCCAUGAACCUGUCACCUGCUGCCAGUCCACCUGUUUACCUGUGGAGGUUCCAAACUGGUGGACAUUAAACACAUCGUCUCAAUAAUGUUAUCAAUUGAGUAUAUGCCAGAAAUUACUGGCAGAUCAACCCAUUCUGCUUUAUUUAUGUUUUACACAUUGUCCCGACUGUUUUGGAACUGUGGCUGUAAACUCUGAUUCAGGCAAGUGAAAUGCAUGUCCGAUUGGCCGGUCGUGUCCUUCCAACGAGGGCUCAGAUGUGAUCCUUUUGGAGUCCACGCCUGAACUGCAGUGUCCCUGUGGAGCCUUUGUAAAAUAAAUCCAUGAUGAUAAAUCUGA